UAUGCACAAACACUCCACUCAAGAGACCCUUGACAGCGACCUUACACCCAACACCACCAUCCAUGGCCACAACAACCCCCCUCUCUAAACGUCAACGUGCGAAUAUUGCGCGGUCGACAUUGCGCAAACCAUUCGUCUCACCCCUUAAACCAGGGUCGCGUGGUCCAACGGCUUUUCAAACGCCGAUACGAGUACCGGUGGUGUCGUCGUCGCCCCCGACUUCGUCUGCUCCGGAUGCGAGCACGCCCCCAACAGCGAGCGCACCGAGUCCCCCCUCCUCCAGCAGCGCAUACACCCCCCUCAAACCUACCCCAACCCCCCACCACCAUCACCGCCGCUCAGCCCUCUCCCUCUCCCGUCCCCGUCCCAAAUUCAAUUCCCCCGCAACCGCCUCCACAUCCUCCUCAGACCCAGAACUCCUCGCCCUCCACCACCGCCGCUCAGAACUCGAGAAAGAGAUAUCCUCCACCCUGGCCGCGAUCGAGACGUGUAGCACGGCACGGAAAUACGAGGUCAAGAAUGAGGAUACACGGUUGGAGGAGCUCGUCACGAAGUUUCGGCGGGCGGGACAGAGUGCUGCGGAUCAUAUGUUCGGACUCAUGAAUGAUCGGGUUAAUAGGAUGGGCGGCACCUCGGCGUAUCUCUCCAAAAUCCGCCCUAACCCCUCCUCAUGGUCCCACUUCUCCUCCGAUUUCGAACCGGAAUGUCCGGAGGGGAUGGACGAGAAAGAGUGGCACUAUAUGCUCGAGGAACGGAAGAAAGAGAUGGAGGAACAGAGAGAGGAACACGAGGAGGUGGAAGUGGAUAAGUAUGAUGAGCCGGAGGAUGGGGGGUUUACGAUGGGGAUGAUGUUGAGGCAGAUGGGGAUUCCGCAGGAGAUGAUUGGAUGGGAUAAGGAGUCGGGGACGUGGGUGGUGUAGGGAGGAGGACGUAUGGGAGAGGUUGAGGGCGAGUGGGAGAGGAGGAGCGGCGUUUUUGUAUUUUGCUUUACCUUGGGGGGGGGUGGCACCGGUAUGUAUACCCAGGAUAACAACAC